CCAGCCCUAAUUUUGUACCGUAUUUCAUUUUGGGAGUGCUGCGCCGCUUCUCGCAAUCCACCUCCAUGUCCUUCUGGUCGACGGCGCACUCCUCCAAGUGGGCGGAGGAUGUCGCCGACGCGGGCUCCAACGAUAAUGGAAUGUCUCGUACGAGUACGCUACCUGUACCCGUCCUAUCGACCCCCCGCGUAAAACAAAGGAUGAUACCGAAGCCGUUCAGGGCGUUUUUGAAGCACUUUCGUCGUCGACUAGCCCCGCCGACCUCACGCUCGAUGAUGGAUGCUAUUGACCACGCUAUGAACCACCCCCAUGACCUCAGCCCCUCCCUCGAGAACGAGAAGGACGAAAUUGAUGAAGUCGUGGUUGACCGAUGUUGGUCGGAAGAGUACGCGAGCUCUUCACAUUCUUCCGACGUGAUCGACACCACUAGUGGCUUCGGAGAUAUAUUUGAGGAACACAAUAGUACUUCCGCAUGCCACCGGGCAGGAUUUUGGGCCUCUUGUAGACCUCUUAUCUUCAUCAGAUGGCGACUAUGGCGUUGUCUUCGAGAUUUUUUUGAUCCUCGCUUCGAAAAUCUUGCCGUGGAACUGGAUUAUCAAAAGGAGGUCUGGGAAGUUUCGAAGAGUUUGGCUCUAUGGGCGUCCAUAUUCUUCUUGGUGAACUGGUUGAUGGGGCUGUUAUCCAUCCCUACGCCCACCGUUCUUGCCGACAAGAUUUUCUAUUUCGCCAUCGGCCCUGUCCUGACAUUCCCCAUCCUUGUGCUAUGUCUGUACGAUUUUCCCCUCAAAUAUUCGUUGUUCUUCCAGUGUUUCGUCUGUGUAUCGGCCUGGUCCUGGUCGUUCUAUCAAGUACUAUAUGUAUUUCUAUGUGGGUACUACAGCCACGAAGUGCAUGCCUUUACCUGCGGCAGUAAAGAUUUUUUAUCGACGUUUUACUACACCUCUGCUCUGCAAACAGUGGCACUAUUCGGCCUGAAUCUUAGCCGUCUCCCAGCCAUGAUUGGCGCGCUCUCCUUUCUCGUCUUUUCAACAGUGUUGAUCAUCCCUCACCAUAUAUUGUGGUAUCGAAAUAUCAUCAACUUCUUGGCGUUCCAGGGCUUUCUUUUAUACAUGCACUAUCAGCGGGACAUCUCUGCCAGAAGAUUACACAUGACGCGGAUACGACUGAAAUUGCAGGUACACAAGACCACCAAGGCCCAAUUGAAUGAACGGAAGGCGGCAGAUUCAAAGUACCGUCUCACCAGUUAUGUUUUCCAUGAGGUCCGCGUUCCUCUGAAUACGGCUAUCUUGGCUGUACAGAAUAUGGAUGCAUCUGGAACGGUCCCUAGGAGUCAGCUGUUGGAAUUCAAUGCUCUUGAAGGCAGCCUUAGUCAGAUGUCGAAAGUUCUCAACGAUGUCUUGGACUUUAAUCGGAUGGAUAGUGGUAAAUUCGAAGUCCUGACGAGGCCGUAUGCCUUUCAUCAAGUUUUGCGCUCCAUGUUCUUACCGCUGGAACUUGCUACCAAUGCGCGUGAAUUAGACUUUGAAAGGGACUUGGACAUGAAAAUUGAUGAUUUUGCUAGGCGAGCCGAGUAUAAAGCUCUCGGUGAAAGUGAUGAAAAUAUCGAAUUGCUCUUGCGGGAUAAUCCAAGCGGUGAAUUGGUGAUGGGCUUGGUUGCUGGGGAUGAAAACCGGCUAAGGCAGAUUGUCACAAAUCUUGCGAGUAAUGCAUGUAAAUUUACUCCGAAAGGUGGAAAACUCAAAAUUUCGACUCGGCUUAUUCUCCCAGAGGCGAGCGCUGGUGUGGACAGUGAAGAUGACACUAAGGCGUCACAUUCAAGAACGACGUCAUUAGACAAAGAGCAUGAAAAGACUGAACGCACCCGUUCGUUAUCGGUGAAGGAGCUUGAGGAACAUAACAAGCAGUUGGGCGGGGCGCAGCGUUGUUUCGAGAGAGAGAAGAUUGUGGUUAGAAUUGAGGUUACGGAUACAGGAAUUGGCAUACCAAGUCAUGAUAUGACCGACUCCAAACUUUUCUCUGCUUUCACGCAGACAGAGCAAGGAAGGCUACAAGGCGGUAAGGGAACAGGCCUUGGACUAGCUUUGGUACGCCGAAUCGUGAAGCUUAGUGGAGGUCGCCUGGGUGUCCGCUCAAAAGUUGGACAAGGAUCGACAUUUUGGGUGGAACUUCCUCUUGGCGUUGGACGUAAAGUCUUGCAACCGGCGCGGGAGCCUGUCUCCGGGACUCCUGAUCCAUCCUUCAUGAAUAUGUAUACACUCACCAGUAGAGCGGGUGAAGACUCGCUGCAGUCGGCGAAAGCGAGCGCGGAGGGGACCGACGCGAUAAGAGCCACGCCAACAUCUCCGUCGACUCGCUCCGCUUCGGCGCUACAUGGGCUUAUGAAUCAAGGCGGUAGUGUUGAACUAAGCCUAGCAAAAUAUGACUCCCAUUCACCUGUACCAACGAGGACCAUCGGGGAUCGUUCCACAGGGACGGAGUUUCCACGGGCUUACAUGGAUUAUGAAGACUCGGAAGAUUCUCCUUCCUCUCAAAUCGUCCUUCCGCCUCUCCUCGAAGAAAAUAACUCUAACGGGACAAUAACAGGACAGACAUCACGGAAUCGACCAAGCUUCAUUGUUCUGCCCAGUCCUCACUCCUUCGUACUCGACCCACAGCAGUCACCUACGGCUAAUCCCCCGUCGCCUUCUAUCACUCGAGGUUCUCUAACGAACUCGAGCUCAGUACUGUUCCACCAAUACCAAGUCCUCGUUGUAGAUGACGAUGCUUUGACGCGCCGGUUAAUGACAAGGAUGCUAGAACGGUUAGGCUGCUGCGUGACGACGGCGGAGAAUGGGGAGAUUGCGCUUGGAAUUUUGUUAGGACAAAGUCCUGAGAUGAAAACGCCUGCGAGUGACAACUCGGUGCCCAUUUUGGACAACUUGACUCCUCCGACGCAGAGGAGGUUUAUGGUAGUGUUUCUGGAUAAUCAGAUGCCAGUGAUGUCGGGGUUGAAGACUGUGGCGUAUCUACGGGAGAUUGGGAGGCGCGAUUUCGUUGUUGGAGUUACUGGUAAUGCUUUGAUUACCGAUCAAAAGGAGUAUCUUGAAGCUGGCGUCGAUCACGUUCUUACCAAACCUGUACUGGAACGAAGUCUCACGCAUAUGUUACACCUCGCGGAGCACCGCCGCAAAUCAGCAGCAGCGGAGUCAUAGCACUUGUCUUACCUUCACUCCUCUCAUCGACGUCACCCUGAUAUUUCCAUCUCUCUGUUUUGGGUCCUUUCCUUGGGUUCAUUGGGGACAUUUAAUAUGUAUCACGUAGAAUUUAUAUUGCAGUUUUGUAGGCACACUGUAUACUAGUAACAUCUUACGAAAUAUUG